ACUUGAACUUAAAACAUCUGCUAUUUCAACAAGCAACAGGAAAGCCAUGGAUUCAGCAAUCUUAAAAUCUACUCAAAGCCUUACCACUGCUGAGGACAUGAGGAAUGAAACCAAACUUAUAAUGCAGCCCUAUGCCAACUGGGAAGAGUACCUGACUCCAGCACCUCUAUCCAUAGCUAUCCUGGGAGAGCUGGUUUUCAUCUCGUCCUCAACAGAUUUCUCUAUCAAUAAAAAUCCCCCUAAAGAUGGCUAUCAAUUCAUCAAAUACCCUGAUUCCUUUCGUGCUUGCCUCAUGCAAGUGUGUAACUCUGGUUGGUGGGCAUUUAAUGAGGCCCAUACGAGCAUGGAUCAGAUUCGCCUCCAUACUGCCCAAGUUCCAGAUUACAUGAAAACUGCAGUGAAGAUUCUGUUCCAAGGUGAUGAUGAAGUUGUCAAAGCACAUCUUCCUGAUCAGCUGGAAAAUAUCAGAGUCAUUGCAGAUGAAUGUUUGAAGUUGUCAGAUCAAACUGAAAAACGUUUCACUGAAGUCAUUCAAAUCAUCCAAGAGCUGCUGGAAGCAUGUGUGAAUGCAGAGCACUUCUAUGGAGAAGAGAUGGAAGCAAUCAAGAAGAAGCUGGAGGAGAGCAAACUGAGGGAGCAGUCAGCUCUAGAGACCAAGAAAAGGACUGAGAAAGCAGUGAGUGCCAUGGAGAAGGAACUAGAUCAGGCUCAGGAGAGCUACAAGAAAGCUCUGGAUUCUCUCCCUAGUGGAUGGGGAAUGGUUGGCAUGGAUUUUUUUGGUGGUAUAACACAGAGCGUUACAGGCUUGAUUAAUGGACUGACAUCUGUUAUUACUCACCCAGUGAGAAACAUGUGUUCUGCAACAACAAAGAUAGCUGAUACUUGGAGCCACAUUAAAGAUCAGGAAAGUGUAAGAGAUGUGGUUGCUGAAAUAAAUGCAUAUAGUAAGUCUGCUGAAAUUUUAAAUUGUGUCCAGAGUAUGCAGCAGAAAAUGAAUGUGUAUAGUGAGGAUGAUGACAUUGACUGGAGAAAGCUGUAUGAUCAGAAGAAAAAAAUCACAAACACGGAUUUCACAGCAAAACAGUUUAAAAGAAUCAGUGAUGAUUUAAAGAAAAUCCCUGACUGCCCAGCAAAGAAACAAGCUCAGAAACUAUGCAAAGAUGGCAUAGAAAUAUGCAACCAGCUGGCAAAAUAUGCACCUGAUGGCAAAUGUGACAAAGACAAAAGCACUGAGAUAAUAAAAGAGGUCUUAGAUCUGAUCGAGUCAGCUCAUAUUCUUGAUAGCAAAAGCAAAGACAUCACACAUUCUCCAGGCAUUUCUCCAACACCUCCAAUGAUGUAUAGAGAAGAAAACAAAUCAGGGAACAUGAGCAUUUCUCAGAGGGCCACGGAGAAUGCAAGAUUCUCCAUAGAGCAGAACAAAGCUCAGCUGAACAAGGCAAGAGAGACCUAUGAGAAGUGUGUAGAGAACCUAGAGAAGAACCAGAAGGAACUAACUGAAGUCCUGGUCACUAUGAGAAAUUGUCAACUGAAAGAGAUCGACUUCAAAACUACCAUAGAGAUGCUGGUCAAAGGAAUGGAUGCCAUGGGAAGAGUGAAGGAGCAGUGGGAGAAGAUGGUUCACUUCUUUCAGAUGGUUUCCAACAUUGUGAAAACCAGCCUGAGCAAAACUCUCAAAAACUUUAUCACCACGUCUGAGAAAACACAAGCUCUCUCCUACAAUGCAAAGCUCUUCUCAAAAGAUCUGCUCUACACUCAAGCCUUCCAAGCCUGUAACAUUGCUAGUCUGGUCCAUAUGAUCUCCGGAACAUACACAGAUGUUUCCAACAAGUACCUGAUGGACCGUGUCAGUUCACUGGGCAAAUUAAUGGCCAUGGAUAAAAAUAAACCAGAUUUUGAGCAUGAGCGACAACAGCUCCAGAACGGCUGUGAUGAGGCACAAAGAGGCAUUUUAAUGCUUGUCCUGAAGAACAAAGAGGAGUUUGAGAGGAAGAGCACAAAAAGACUUGAAAGGAUUGAUCGCGAGUUGCUUGCCAUUCUGCCUGCUGCUCCUCCAGAACAAAUCAAGAGAAUUCAAGAGUCUGUUCAAACUGGAUUCAGUGAAGAAGAAGCAUCAUCCUACUACUGAGAGAAUCUCCCAUGGAUUUUACAAGGCUGCUAAAUACAAGAAAAUACUUACAUAGUUAAGAUUUAAGCUUUGCUGUUUAGUAGUAUGUCAUGCCAGCUCAAUUUAGAUUAGAAUAUUAUGUAUAUAGCUAUAUAAAAUGUAUUAUUUAAGCAGCAAACGAAGCAAAUUCAAAGCAACUGAACAAGAAACAUUAUCUCAUAUGGAUAAAGGCAGUGUUUAUCAGAAGACAGCUGAUGAGAUUUUUAACAUCCUCUUAAUCCAAAUCAGUGUAUGUUUUAAAAAAUUUAAAAGAUGAGUCAGAAAAGGUACUUACUGUACAUUGUUUCAGUGUUUAAAUUUUAAUAUUGUUACAAUUAUAAUCAUACCUGUAUAUGUUCAGCUAGUAAAUGAUUCCUAAAAGCAUACUCUGUAUGAUUAUGCAGGAUCUUUAUGGAAAGUGGAA